AUGCCGCCGCGCGUGCCCAUCAUUAGAUGGAGCAAGAACAAAACAAAAAGAGUUCGAUUCUCCUCGAUAAAUUCAGCCGAGGCAUUCUUGAUACCAGUCACGCCACCAAAGAAGAAGCCACCAAAAGUGGCAAAGCACGCAUCGCGCACCAACUCAGCCACCUCCGGGUCACCCAGUCCCGUCCUGUCAGAACGAAAGGGUCACUUGACAACCGCAUUUUCCCUCACACACAACUCUCUCUCUCUCUCUCUCUCUCUCUCUCUCUCUCUCUCUCUCUCUCUCUCUCUCUCUCUCUCUCUCUCUCUCUCUCUCUCUCUCUCUCUCUCUCUCUGUGCGGAUGCGCGAAAGGGCAGAGGGGCGGUGUCGGGGGAUUUUGCUUUGUACGCUGCAUUGAAUGGCAAGAAGGAGACUUGGAGAAGGAACAGCACAAUGUCUGGAGAUGCCAAGGCUUAUGCCGAUCGGCAUCAGCUUGCCCAGCUGUUUCAGGCACUGAUGGCGGGCUUGAUGUAUGAUCAGCCCGAGCGACCCAUCCCCUACAUUCAGGAUUGCCUGGCGAGUAUUGACCCCAAUGCGGCUGUCCCCGCCUAUGCUUGGGAUCGCUUCGUGGGCAGUCGACGCCAGCGCCAACGUCCUGAUCGCGUGCCAACCGGCAUCGAGUCGAAGCGUCUCAAUCAAGGCACUCCCAAGUCAUCACCGCUCAAAACUUCGAAGCGAUCGACCCUUGCCCCCAUUGCGUCGCCGAGCAAGCCUGCCCCUGCCAGCUCUGCACCAAGUACACCUUCUUCCGACAGCGACGCUUCGCUCAACAAGAACACCUUGCUUCCCGCCAUUGCCACUCGUGCUGAAGUGUUGGAGAAGAUUGCGGCCGUCAAGGCGGCGCACCCGGGUAACCGCAUGGCCAAGCACUUUGAUGUCGACUACUACAACACGCUGAGCGACGACGACAAGAAGGCCCUGAUCAAGUGCUGCCAGAGCGGUAUCGACAACGGCGACUCGGGCAUGGGCUGCUACGCCAUGCAGCCGGCCGAUUACGACCGCUUCAAGCCCUUCUUCAGCAAGGUCCUGGCCGACUACCACAAGGUGGGCGAGGACGCCAAGCACACCAACAACUGGGACCUGUCGGGUGUCGAGGGUCUGCCCGCUGACGGGCGCCUGGACCUGGCUGCCCUGGGUCUGCCGGCGCUGUCGAUGCGCGUGCGCGUGGGUCGCAACCUGGCCGACUUUCCGCUGCCGGGCGCCAUGACCAAGGAUGACCGUGUCAGCCUGGAGAAGAAGAUGUGCGAGGCCUUUGACAAGCUCAAGGCCAUGCCCGAGUACGGCGGCGGCUACAACUCGCUGACGCCCGAUCACCCGGACCACAUCAGCGAGGAGGCGUACCAGCAGCUGGUCAAGGACCACAUCAUGUUCAAGGACAUGGCGGCGGAUCCGUACCUGGCGUCGGCUGGUAUUGCGGCCGACUGGCCCUAUGGCCGUGGCUGCUACGUGUCGGAGGACCGUGGCUUUAUCAUCUGGGUGGGUGAGGAAGACCACCUGCGUAUCAUGUGCAUGCGCAAGGGCACGGUGCUGAACGAGGUGUUUGACCGCCUGAAGACGGCGCUGGACGUGGUCAACGGCAUUGAGGGCCUGUCCUUUGCCAUGUCGCCCGACUACGGUGUGGUGACGAGCUGCCCGACCAACCUGGGUACGGGCAUGCGCGCGAGUGUGCACAUUGGCCUGCCCAACCUGACGGCGGAUGGCACGGAUGCAAAGGCCAAGGAGGUGUGCCGCCCGCUGGGCCUGUCGGUGCGUGGCAUUGGCGGCGAGCACACGCCGAUUGGUGAGGGCGGUGUGUGCGACAUUUCGCCGAGUGCACGCUUCUGCAUUACGGAGGCUCAGAUUAUCACGGCGCUGUACACGGGCAUCAAGCUCCUCAAGGAGGAGGAGGACAAGUCUGGCAGUGCCGAUGUUGCCGAUGAAGCGCAGCCCGAACUCGCAACCAAUGAUGAGCCGCAAGGCGAAGAAGAAGCGGCAUCAGCAACAGAGGAGGUAGCACCUGAAGAGGAGGCUGUACCCGAGGCAGACCCAGCACCGGAGGCAGACCCGGCACCGGAAGCAGACCCGGCACCGGAAGCAGACCCGGCACCGGAGGCAGACCCGGCACCGGAGGCAGACCCGGCACCGGAGGCAGACCCGGCACCGGAGGCAGACCCGGCACCGGAGGCAGACCCGGCACCGGAGGCAGACCCGGCACCGGAGGAAGAAGCCGUUUAG